AUGCGUACUUCUUCGUUGAGGAACCUCUUAACAGGAUCCGCCUUCUGGGCCGCUUCUUGCAGCGCCGUUACACUUUACGCAGCCGACUCUGGCGGAAAUGUCACAACACUUUCGCUGACCGGAUCCGGGACCAAUUACAGCUUAUCCGUCGCCUCAAAGACGGCCGAGUGCGAUGUCAAUCCAUCUUGGCUCACCCUGGACACCGCCAGCAGGGUCCUCUACUGCCUGGACAGGGGCUCCAACUCGGUUCCCAACGGCUCUCUAAACUCCUUCUCGAUCGGGGAUGGAGGUGUUCUGACCCGCAUUGCUCGAGUCUCGGCACCCUUCGGCGGUGUCGCUGGCGAGAUUGUCACGACCGAUUCUGGAGCUCGCGGAUACGUUUCUGCUUCAUACCUUUGCUGCCCAGAGAAGAUCAACAAGCUCACGUUUCUCGGCAGCAACCGAAGCGCAGCCGCCGUCUUUGCCCUUGGCGACAAUGGCGCCCUUCCGGGUACCGGUCCGCUGCAGGAGUUCUUCCCCACUCUCGAAGCGCCUGGUCCGGUUGCUUCUCGCCAGGACACAAGCUACCUGCACCACGUUAUCAUCGAUCCUAAGAAUCAGUACGUCCUACUUGCUGAUCUCGGCGGUGAUCGCGUCCGCGUCUACACCAAGGACCCAACCAGCAUUGCGCCGAUCGAGGAAGUUGACGGCCUGGUAACGGGCCCUGGCGUCGGCCCUCGCCACGGCGUCUUCAAGACCGCAGCCAAUGGCGAUAUUUUCUUCUUCUUCAACGGCGAGCUCGACCAGAAUAUUUACUCGUACAAGGUCGAGUACAAGGAGACUGGCCUCGCCUUUACCAAGGUCUUCUCCAUCCCCGCUGUCAACGCUAGCUACCCUGCGACCCAAGCACCAACAAGCGAGAUUGCCAUUACUCCUGACCAGAAGUUCAUCAUUAUCUCCAACCGCGAUGUCUCUUUCCGUGACUCGCCAGUCCUUGGCUCCGGUCCCUCCGACACCAUGUCCACAUUUGCCAUCAAAGAAGACGGUACUCUUGAGCUCGUACAGUUGGCCCCCUCCGGCGGCUGGUCCCCUCGUCAGUUCUCCAUCAACAAGGCAGGUGAUCUUAUCGCCGUUGGCCACCAAAACAACCGCACUGUUGUCAUCUGGAAGCGUGACCUUGUGUCCGGCAAGAUCAUACCCGAGGUUGAGGGCGGCAAGGUUGGCCAGGUCACCCUCACUGGUGCUGUUGUUGCUACUAUCUUUGAUGAGUAG